AACGCAACUCGGCCGCUUUUCACCCAAGAUGCACCUGUCCAACUGCACAGUCUGAGAAAAGCCAUUUUGUUGUGCUAGCUAGCUAUGUGGGUAAAGAAAGCUACUAAUAAUAUGGGUCUGUUACAUCAACGCUAACUAUGCUGCUUUUACAUGUUUGUUUACUACCGCAAACUGCAAUAAUUUAAAUAAUUGUUCAAAUCUGCAAGUAGCGUAGCCCGGCAUGGAGUAGCCUACAGAGCGACAGCUAACUAAAAGUGUUGUGGUGAAUAAUGGUAGCUGAAGUGUGCUGCAGUUUUUGUUAGCUAGCUAUCUGUUUACUCAGCUGGCGGUAGUUAUGUUUUCUGAUUAAUCAACCUUAGGUUAGCUGUGAGUUUGUAAAUGUGUUUUAAAGACUUUGCGAUUGUCCGUGCUGUCAACCAAAGACACCUGGUUGAAGAAAGAGGCUGUUUAGCUGACAGUAAAUAAACAAGGCGACUGAAGCAAUCCAACACUAACUUAGAGAAAAAAAAACCCCACACUUGAACCAUACAGCGUUAAGCCAAAGCGCUAAUCUGAUAAUGGCAGAGGACACCCGACAGGACAAGAGAGCCAACUUCUCUGUUAUAACGGAGCACAACACCAACGGGAUGGCCAGGACCUCCGCUGUGGCCUCCAGCAAAUCUGGUGCCUCCAAGAAACUAGUGAUCAAAAACUUCAAAGACAGGCCAAAACUAGCCGAGAACUACACUGAGGACACGUGGCUGAAGCUACGAGACGCAGUGGGUGCCAUCCAGAACAGCACCUCCAUCAAAUACAAUCUGGAAGAGCUCUAUCAGGCGGUGGAGAACCUCUGCUCUUAUAAAGUCUCCCCCACGCUGUACAAGCAGCUCCGGCAGGUCUGUGAAGAUCAUGUGCAGGCCCAGAUCCACCAGUUUAGAGAAGAGUCUCUGGACAACCUUUCCUUCCUGAAGAGGAUGAAUCGCUGCUGGCAGGACCACUGCAGGCAAACUAUAAUGAUCCGAAGUAUCUUUCUCUUCCUGGAUCGUACCUACGUGCUUCAGAACUCCCUACUCCCCUCCAUCUGGGACACUGGGUUGGAGCUGUUUCGUACCCAUAUUGUGAGUGACGGCGCUGUUCAGAAGCGCACUGUGGAUGGCAUUUUGGAGCAGAUUGAGCUUGAGAGAAAUGGAGAGACAAUAGACCGCAGUCUGCUCAGGAGUCUACUGGGCAUGCUGUCAGACCUACAGGUUUACAAAGAUUCCUUUGAGGAGAGAUUUCUGAUCGAGACCAAUCGCCUGUACGCCGCAGAGGGACAGCGGCUGAUGCAAGAACGAGAUGUGCCUGAAUACCUGCACCACGUGGCUCGUCGGUUGGAGGAGGAGAAUGAUCGCAUCUUGAGCUACCUCGACCAGAGCACUCAGAAACCCCUCAUUAGUUGUGUUGAAAAACAACUUUUAGGAGAACACACGACUGCGAUGCUGCAAAAAGGUCUGAGCACCCUGCUGGAUGGGAACCGUGGGACUGAGCUGACCCUCCUGUACCAGCUCUUCAGUAAGGUGAAGGGAGGACUUCCCACACUGCUGCAGUUCUGGAGGGAUUACAUAAAGUCCUUCGGUGGAGAGAUAGUCUGUACGCCAGAGAAAGACAAGGAUAUGGUUCAAGAGCUGCUCGACUUUAAGGACAAGAUGGACAACGUGGCACAGAACUGCUUCACACGAAAUGAGGGAUUCAUCAACGCCAUGAAGGAGGCCUUUGAGACCUUUAUCAAUAAGAGGCCCAACAAACCUGCAGAACUGAUAGCUAAAUAUGUGGAUUCAAAGUUGAGAGCAGGGAACAAAGAGGCUACAGAGGAGGAGCUGGAGCGAAUCCUCGACAAGAUAAUGAUAAUCUUCAGAUUCAUUCACGGAAAAGAUGUUUUUGAAGCUUUUUAUAAGAAGGACUUGGCCAAACGUCUGCUGGUUGGCAAGAGUGCUUCUGUUGAUGCUGAAAAGUCCAUGCUCUCCAAGCUCAAACAUGAAUGCGGAGCAGCAUUUACCAGCAAGCUAGAGGGGAUGUUCAAGGACAUGGAGCUGUCCAAAGACAUAAUGAUCCAGUUCAAACAGUAUAUCCAGAACCAGAGCGAGCCAAGCAACAUAGAACUUACAGUCAACAUCCUCACCAUGGGCUACUGGCCUUCAUACACGCCCAUGGAGGUCCACCUUCCCCCAGAGAUGGUUAAACUCCAGGAGGUGUUUAAGCUGUUCUACCUGGGGAAGCACAGCGGGAGGAAGCUGCAGUGGCAGCCCACACUGGGCCAUGCUGUACUAAAGGCAGAGUUUAAAGAGGGCAAGAAGGAGCUGCAGGUCUCUCUGUUCCAGACGCUGGUGCUGCUGAUGUUUACUGAGGGAGAAGACUUCAGCGUGGAGGAGAUUCGCACCGCCACUGGCAUAGAGGAAGGAGAGCUUAAGCGUACGCUGCAGUCUCUGGCUUGCGGGAAGGCCCGCGUACUCAACAAGAACCCUCGGGGCAAAGACGUGGAGGAUGGAGACCGUUUCAAUUUCAACAAUGACUUUAAACACAAACUGUUUCGCAUCAAGAUCAACCAGAUCCAAAUGAAGGAAACGGUAGAGGAGCAGGUGAGCACCACAGAGCGUGUGUUUCAAGACAGGCAGUAUCAGAUUGAUGCCGCUGUGGUGCGCAUCAUGAAGAUGAGGAAGACUCUUAGUCACAACCUUUUGGUGUCGGAGCUCUACAACCAGCUGAAGUUCCCUGUCAAGCCGGGCGAUCUAAAGAAGCGCAUCGAGUCGCUCAUAGACAGAGACUACAUGGAGCGUGACAAGGAGACUCCUAACCAGUACCACUAUGUUGCCUGAAGGGGGGCCACUGUUACAGCCAUGCUUUCCUCACAGCAAGCGUACAGGUGGCUCCCCCCCUCCCAAAAAAAAAAAAAGGAAAAAAAAAAAACAGCAUCACCACUCUUUAGCACCCCCACUCUCCUCUGGUGCUCAUCUUUCCCUCCAUUCACGAUCCUGGAUGCAGCGUCCAGAUCACACAGAGCUCCGGAGACGAGAGAGACUUGGCUGGACUGGUCCCACCCUGCGUUAUCUUCGGUGGGAUGGGGGCGGGAGGAAUGACCCGGGUUUUUGAUGUUUGGUUUCUGUGACUUACAAAUCUGCUAAUGCAAAACUUAACUGACAAUAACUUGGCACUUUCCUCUAAUCUGUUUUUUUUUCUCUCUUUCCGGGAUUGGGAUUUAUUUUUCUCCAUCAAGUUGUUCUAAAAUCACUUAUUUUCUACAAUAGUCGGUUUGUCUUGAGUUUUAAGUUUUUUUUCUUCUUUUUUUUUUGUUUUAUUUUAAGUUUUGAUCAGGGUGUUUCCAUAUGAAUGGCUUCUACAACUGCUAAGUGUAAACUGAUUGGUUGGUGUCUUGGUUUGGCAGAGAAACUUCUAUUGAAGACAUAUAAAGACUUGACAAGAGACUUGUGAGGGAUGAAGAGGGGUUUUGGUCGGACUUGUUUGGGCCGGGGGGAGGGUUCAUUGCUUGUAACACAGAAGCUGAAUGACACGCAGGUAAGCCACUUGGGUAUUUCUUUGGGUACCUUAUAUGUUUUGACCAAAAUGUCCAAUGUCAUGUGCUGACGUUUUUUUGUAGAUCAGAUUGUAUUCUAUGUAAGAGUGAGAAAAGUGAACCUGAAUAAAUGGAUAUUUAAUGA